AUAUUUUAUUUAUUUAUUAUUCAAUUCAAAACAUUAAAAUUAAAAGAUUUCCUAAAGGAAGUUCAAAUAGAUUAAAAAAGCUAAAGAAUUUUAAACUAAAAAAUGUCUAAUCAAGAAAGAUAAUUCUGCUUAGAAUAUCUUAUUACUGGUGCCCAUCAGUAACAAAAGAAUUUGGAUUGCGUUUUUUGCUUCCCUGAAAAGCUGUAAUAGGAAUUUGAGAAAAUUCAAUAAAAAUUGAAAGAAGAAUAGGAAGAAGAAAAAGAUCUACCAGACGAAAAUGAAUUCGACGAUGCCUAUGAAGACUUAAGAAAGUAAGCAGAAGAAGAGGAAGAGGAAGAAACUUAAAAUUUAGUUGAAAAGAAAUUAGAAUAAUAAAUAGGAGAAAAAUUACAUCACAUUCAAUAAUAAAGUGUAGAAGCUUUAGAUUAGUUGCUAUAGAAUGAAAAAAAUAUUGAAUUUAUUUUAGACACUUCAAUGGGUUUGGUAAUUAAUCCAAACAACGUUAAUGAAAGUCGUUUUACUUUGGCAAGAAGAGUGCUUAGUUUGACACUCGAAAAGUGGUACCCACAAUUAAAUAAAAAUGGUAACUAAUAAUAGAGAUUAGAAAAUGAAUAAAGAUAUUAAUAGGAAUUAAAGAAAGAAUUUAAUAUCUAUUCUUCUGAAUAAGAUGUCUAGCUAAGCAAAUAGUUAGUUUAAAUUUCAUAGGUGUAAUUAGCAGAUGAAUUUUUAGAAAAUAUUUAAUUACAUGGUAGAAAAGACAGAGUAUUAUCUACACUUUAAUCAAGAAUUUAAAACUGUCCUCCUUAAAUAACUUCUAUUAUUGUUUUUACUGACUACACAUCUAAAGAUUACUCAGCAUGGAAACAAUAAAUUGAAGAAGCAAUCAAACAAAGACAAAAUGCUCCUAAAAUACACAUCAUUAGUUUUAACUUAGCUGGGCCUGAAAAAUAAGAAGAUAAAUAAGCAUCUUUCGAUUUCUUUGAAUCAAUCAGCAAAUUAACUAAUGGCACUUUCAAAUAGUUUAGUUCUUUAUGA